GGGGCGGGGCGGGGGGCCGCUGAUGGCACGCGCUGCCCAGGUGGCGUCCUUCCCUCCCGCGCUCGCUGCUCAGCCGCCGCAGGGCUCGCGCUGCGCCCCGGCCCCCUCGGGCGGCCCCAGCGGGAAGCGGAGCUGAGUGCAGGGCGGCCGCGAGGCGAUGAGGACGAUGAGCUCCCCGUGGGCUCGGUUCUACUCCAGCAGCUGCUGCCUGUGCUGCCAUGUGCGCACCGGGACCAUCAUCCUCGGCGUCUGGUACCUGAGGGUAUGUGCACCAGAGUUCUGGACAAUUCCCUCAGCUGAAUCUUCCCACACGGAGCUGAUUGCAGACUGUGUGAUUCUGCCACUGGGUGUGUCCCUACCUGUGUGUGCGCGGGCGCGGGCGCAGCAGGACAGAGAGGGGGAGCCCAGGCUGAUUGAACAGAUCAUCAAUUCAGUGGUACUGCUGAUCCUGCUGAGUGCCCUGACUGAUCCUGACCAGUACCACUUACCAAGUGCUGAAAUAGGGGGCGAAUUUGAAUUUAUGGAUGAUGCCAAUAUGUGCAUUGCCACUGCAAUUUCUCUCCUUAUGAUUCUGAUCUGUGCGAUGGCUACAUAUGGAGCAUAUAAGCAACAUGCAGCCUGGAUCAUCCCUUUCUUCUGUUACCAGAUCUUUGACUUCGCUCUCAACACGCUGGUUGCCAUCAGUGUGCUUGUUUAUCCAAACACAAUUCAAGACUAUCUACGACAGCUGCCUGCUAAUUUUCCCUACAAGGAAGAGAUCAUGGCAGUAAAUCCUACUUGUCUAGUUGUGAUUAUUCUACUCUUUAUAAGCAUCAUUCUGGGUUUCAAGGGUUAUCUGAUUAGCUGCGUGUGGAACUGUUACCGGUACAUUAAUGGCAAAAACAACUCUGAUAUGCUGGUGUACAUUGCCACCAAUGACACUGCGGUGCUGUUGCCACCUUAUGAAGAUGUUGCAAAUGCAGCUAGUAAAGACCCACCACCACCUUAUGUGUCAGCAUAAGCAAGAAUGUGAAGUGUACCUAAGAACAAUAGCUUUACUUCUCAAACAUUUGAGCAACAGUUUGUUUAUUUCACUUCCAGGAUGUAACUCUAAAGAUUUGUGUUGCUGUUUAGCUGAAAUUUUGAAAUGUAGAUUUUGUGUUCAAAAUGCUGUAGAUAGUUUUAAUAAUGUGCUUCAACUGAAACAGUGUGUUGAAUUGGUUUCAGGAACCUUUUUUUGGGAGGGGGGGUUAGUGUUAAGGUGACAAGAAUCAUUCAGUAGCUUUUAUUCACCUCCAUUUUGACAUGCAGUGCUAGAGAAUUUAGAACUUUUGCAUAUAAAGCAGGUGUAAAUUUCCUUUUUUAUCUAUAAAUCUUCCAGAUCAGUAGAAACAAGUUUCUGAAAUGCCCAUUUUCCACCUUUAGAAUGUAUUGUACAAAAUGUAGUCUGUCAGUCCCAAAAAAGUGACAUUCCACUUUACUCCAAAAAAGCUAAUAAAAUAUUGUGCUGAAGCGAAUGGUCUCUAAAGGAACAGGUGUACAGUAUAGUGUUCUCACUAAUCAGGUUAAUCACAAACAUUUAAUGGGGGGGAACGAGCAUGGGAAAGCAAGGGUGCUUAGCUCCCAAAACUGUGGCAAGUCAGGUCCCUGUUCUAACAUAUACCUGCUCUGUCCCCUGUAGCCACUCUUCUCUUCAAAAUAAAUAAGUAAACAUUGCUGCCACCAUUCUGCUGAUAUUCCCUUCCUGCCUAUACCGCUCCUCCCCUUUUAGCAACCUCAAAAAAUACCUGCUUUUAAAAUCACAUGGCUUGGUGAUUAAAAGAUUCCUCCUUAGUAUCCUAAAUGUGAAAGUUUCUAUGGGAGUGUGCCUGUAAAUAGAGCAAAGUUUUGGACUGUGAAUUAAGUUAUACCAAUACGGCUGAACAAUGACCAAAUAGCCCCUGUUCAGAGACCGCUAUUUUGAUCUGUCCUGUGCAAGCCAUGAAAUGAGGAAAAGGCUUUUUAAAAUGACCCUUCCCACACACUUGUGCAAGAGCAGAUUCCAGUCUAGCCUUGUUUUGUUUCAUGGUUCAAUCACUCUAAGAUCAGACCAGGCAAUACCUUGACUGUACCAGUUGCUGAUACUGAUAUAUAGAAAAAUCUCAUUGUUUUCUGCAGGGUAACUCUAAUGUUUUCCAGUGUAGGCCUCAUAACCAUUUACAUUCCAGAACUGAAUUUAUUUUUGAGGUCGGCUGUCUGGACUUCUGAUCCUCCUGGCUGUUCACUUUCUUUUAAUUCUUGACUGAUUUUGAAGAAUUUUUAAUCAUUCAUCUGUUUGACAAUAAGCCGAUUGUACAUACUUCUAAUUGAAUCUACUCUGUAUAUUAGCUAGCCUCUCUAUAAUAAAAGAGAUGUUUCCUUGUG